UACAAACAGAAACUUCAAUCCGCCUGUUUCGGUUCGGUAACUUAAAAUUGGCAGUGUUUCAUAACUAAGAAUUUUCAUUAAAAAUUUAAAUUAUAAAUUUGGAGGCUAUAUUCUGCAAUGGCUCUGAGAAAUAAAGAAAUUGCAGUCAUUGGUGCUGGUGUUGUUGGUUUAUCAACUGCCAUUAGUCUUCAGGAAGAAUUUCCAUUGGCUACUAUUACAGUUUUUGCUGAUAAAUUCAAUGAUGAAACUUUGAGUUCUGGAGCAGGAGGAAUAUUUCGACCUGAAAUAAAUGUUUAUCAUGAUGAAGAACGAGUAAAAACCUGGUGUAAAGACUCAUUAUCUCACUUUUUGGAUAUCUUGAAAUCUUCAGAAAGUUCUGAAGCAGGGAUACAACUGUUAUCAGGCUAUCAUCUGAGUUCAAUAUUUUCAGAUUUUAAGAAUGACCUUGUACAAGAAUUAGUGCCUCAGUGGAGAUUGGCUAAUGCUAAAGAAUUACAACUUUUCCCACUUCCUUUCAAAGGUGGGCAGUUUUACACAACACCUGUAAUAGAUUGCAAAUACUAUUUGCCUUGGAUGAAAUCAAAGUUUGAAAGGUCAGGCGGUAAAACUGUUCGACAACAUAUUUCUAAUUUAGAAGAGAUUCCUGAUAAUUAUAGCAUUAUUGUGAAUUGUGCCGGCCUAGGAGCUAAAGAUCUCCUUCAAGAUGGGAUGCUGACCCCUGUGAGAGGACAAACAAUUGUUGUUAAAGCUCCAUGGAUCAAGAACUUUUAUUAUGCUGAUACAGUAUACAUUAUUCCUGGUAAAGAUUAUGUAACCUUGGGAGGUAUCAAAGAUUAUGGAAGAUGGUCAAUGGAAAUUGACUUAUAUCAAAAACAGUAUAUUUGGGAUAAAUGCACACAAUUGCUUCCAAGUCUGAAGAAUGCUGAAAUUCUGUAUGAUUGGGUUGGACUACGACCUUUCCGACCUUCUGUUAGAGUUGAUACUAGUUUUGUCAAACUUGGUGAUAAUUACCGUUUGAUAGUCAAUAACUAUGGUCAUGGAAGUCAUGGUGUUGCAUUAUCUUGGGGAACAGCUCAAGAUGUAAAAAGAAUGAUUAAGAAGAUAUCAAUGAAAGAAAACUUUACUGUGUCCAAGUUAUAAUUUUUGGGUGUUGGAUGUUUCUGAAUGGGCUUCCAUCGAUGAUCUUUUAUUGAAUUAAACAUUUGUUAAGUUUAUAUAUCAUAUCAGAUCAUUUAUUUGAUAAUUAGUUUAUAUUAGAUGUGAAUUGUUAUAUAGAAAUAUUAUUCUAAUGUUUAAAAUUAUAAAAUGUGCGGGUAUAAAAAGAUUGAUUUAGAAGAUAGCAAUUGAGAAAAUUGUACUGUAUACAAGUUAUAAUUCAUCUUGGCCAUAGAUGGCACUAUUGAAAAACAAGAGACGUACCCCUUGUCUUAAAAUCACUGACUUCUAAAGUCAGUGGGCUUGUCUAUGACAAGUGCCAUUAAAAACAACAACAAGUUAUAAUUCUGGGUGUUGGUUAUUUCUGAAUGGGCUUCCACUGAUGAUCUUUUAUUGAAUUAUCAUUUGUUAAGUUUAUGUAUCAUAUCAGAUUAUUUAUUUGAUAAUUAGUUUAUAUUAGAUGUCAGUUGUUAUAUAAAAAUAUUGUGCCAAUGUUUAAAAUUAUAAAAUGAGAAAAUAUGAAAAGAAUGAUUUAGAAGAUAACAAUCAAGACAGUUUUACUGUAUCCAUGUUAUAAUUCUGGAUGUUGGUUAUUUCUGAAUGGGCUUCCAUCAAUGAUCUUUUAUUGAAUUAUUAUUUAAGUUUUUUUAUUAUAUCAGAUUGCUCAUUUGAUAAUUGUUUUAUAAAAUUAUUGUACCAAUGUUUAAAAUUAUAAAAUGUGCUAUUAAUUAAAAAUAAAAGCUUAAUGGCCAAAAUGUAAACACUAUUAAUAUUCACAUGAAAAUUUUUUUACUAUUA